UACGUGUGUUUUUGAAUAUUCACUUUAAGAAGGUCCUAGAUUUGUCUCGUAACGUUAACUUUUUGCACAGCCGGUGUUUUUCUGGUAAUAGACUUCUUUUUUUCACAAUGCGUCUCCAACCCACCUUAAAACCCCGGUGGAUUUUAUAAAUGUGCUGUCUUGUAACUAAUAUUUUCCAGAGAAUAAAGCGACGUUAAUUACAAGUGUAAAGAAUAACAUUUAGUCGCCUGCAGUAAACCUAAAGUCUGAAAGGUCUGUGCUAUUCUAAGCCUGGCAGCUAUGUUGGACCCACAGCUUCAUGCUGAGCACAUGAGGUAAAACAGUGCAAAGAUGAAGCUGACUGCAUUAGCUGUGUUGUGUCUGUCCCUUCUUUUGGUUCAUGUUCAUUUGUCGCUGGCUGGUUUGAAAAUAAAUCUCUUUAAGAAGAUCCCCAAAAUAAAACAUCAUCUGGACACCAAGUCUAAGGGGGGAACCCUCAAACGGCCUAAACAAUUUAACCAAGGAGGUUACCCCCAGCAGCCAGGCAGACCAGGAGGUUACCCUAACCACGGAGGUUACCCCCAGCAGCCAGGACACCCAGCUGGGGGCUAUCCAGCUAGAGGUUACCCAGCACAGGGCUCUCCAUACGGAGGAGGUUAUGGCAGUCAUGGCGGUUAUGGCGGUCAUGGCAGUUAUGGAGGUUAUCCAGGUGGAUACAUGAACUACAACCCAAACAACAAAAUCCUGAGCCCUCACUAUGGUGGCAGCUUUGGUUAUGGGGGCCGCAGUGUUGGGGGCGGCUCUCCCUUUUCCCAGUCAGUUCAUGCAAUGGGCGUGUAUCCCAAAGAUAAUUCCAGAGGGUUUGGGCGCAGCGCGGUAAUGGCAGCAGCUGGAGGGGCUAUGGUAGGAAUGGCCCUGGGCUACGGGUUAGGAAGGUUCCCCCGUCCUCCCUUCAACUUCCACAACCCCCAGGAGGAGUAUUACUACAACCACUACAUGUACAGGAAAUAUGGCACCCGGUCUACUGAUACCAAUGACUACAGCAGAGACUACAGGUACAACCAACCCCCUCAAGCCUAUGACAGCUACAUGGACUCCUGCAUGAAGAGAACAGACCUUCUGCCUGUGGAUAAUCAAAAGCCAAACAACAAACCAGCUGCCACCACAACUACUUCUGUAACUACCACAACUACUGCUUCCCCAGAUACUGGCAUUGGCAGCAACGCAACAAAGAGCAACAGCACUGCAGCACAAAACUCCCCGACCUCUGCACCUUCAACUCCCCGCCCUCUGAAUGAGUCUGAAGUCAAGCCUGUGCCUCCAGUGGCUGUCAGCAAUGAUGAUGACGAUGAUACAGUCAGCAUUGUGGAGAUCGGCUACCCAGCACUGAUCGAUCAGCUGAAGGUCAGGAGAUGCUUGGAGCUGUACAUGGUUUACUCUGAAAAGUACUUGAAGAAAAACACGGAACCCAGAGCCAGCGAUCGGGUGCAGGGACUGGAAAUGGGCUCACAUGGGCUUUUAGCUGUGGUCACCAGUACUAUACUGAUGCUACUGAAUAGCAACAUGCUAAUGCUGCUGCACUGAGGCAUUCAUUAGCAGUUAAAGUGAUGGAGAAUGUGUUAAAGGAAUUAAGUAAACAGAUGGAAAAUGAUUAGGGAGAGAGAAACCUCUUACCCCUUUGUAGUACUCUCUUCAUUGUGUGUGAAUUUCAACAUUGCAUUUUUUUUUUUUUGUUUUCUUAAUAUUUAGGCAUUGCAUCCUCAUGCAUGUCCUUGACUAGCACUACACAGCAGGCACUCAUACUGUAUUGCAUGUUUGAACUACUUAUUCAAGGAAAGGAAAGGGAAAGGUUAGACUAAAGAGCCACAGUGUUUGCAACAAAUUGCACUUCCGUUUUCCUCUUCUGAGAGCGAGAGGGACCAUUAACUGGCCCACUAAUGUCCAUUUAGAUAUAAUUGAAUAACAUGCUCUCUAGCCAUAGAAGUAAAGAGUGGCACUACCAAUGACUCAUCUUCCUGUUUGUGAUGGGUUUCGAAAAAAUAUAUUUUCUAUUAUUUAUUAAUUUAUUUAUUCAAGGAAACUGGCCAGGGUGUUUGUCUUUUUUGUCUCCAAGGACAAAGCAUCUGAGAGGCUUAGCUUGCACCUGUGGGGCUGCUGCUUGCUCUGUCAUGGUGAUGAUCUGUGUAAAUACACUGCUUUGCAAUAAUGGACAUGCUCUUUAAAUGUAAUAUGAGUACAUUAGCUACAGUACAUGGACUGUGAUGUUGGAGGACUGUCUGAUUCAAGGACAGUUCAAAAUUUGGAAAACAGUGAAUAGUGAUCCAAAACUAUCAGUUAAUACUGGACUUUAACUUGUCUAAUAUUCUACUAGUCUACUAUUACAAUUAUCACUGCUUUAGGCUGAGAGGUUUUACACUAUGAGCAUAACUGAGUAUUUGUAAUGGAUCAUUUCUACUAAUUAUUUCGUAGCUUAAAACAUAAUUGGACUUUUAUCAUAUAAGGUCCAUCAAAAUACAGAAACACAAAGCAAACGACUACUGAUUAUUGCUGCUGGUACUUAUUUUAUUCAGACUCUCUACACAGACAGACAAUAGUAUGCAUGCUGUUAUCCUAACACUCCUUCAAUCACUUACAUUGAAAUCCAUGCAAAGCAAAGUAUGGGUUUUCUGAAUAUUAAUGUAUGUUGCCUUAACAUUUUUCCAUGUGCACUGCCAUUACUUUGUACAGUGUGUUGUAUAUUAUCUCGUAUCUUUUUUUAUAUACAUGUCUCCCUCCUCCCCUCUCUCUCCCCUCUGUUGGGUAGCUUGUGAUUGCAGAAGGACCCCUGAUGUACUAAUUCUGAGCUUAAUUCAUCUCCAAAACCAACUGAAUGUUAUCUUGCAUUAUCAACUGAGUUUAUGGUUGCUAAGCCUGCAUAUCCAGAUAUGUACAGUAUAGUACAUAAGAUUUGUACAAUAAUUUUUCUAAUCAUAUGAUGACUUAAAUAAGAACAAUUUAAAGGUACUUUCUGGAGUUUUAAUUGCAAAAAACUUUUCAAAUUCAAAAUUUCUUGAUAAAACACAUUUUACACAUCUAACGCACACGUUGGACACAUUUCUUACCUCAUAAUUCAUUUGACAUGGUCAUUAUUAUUAUAGACCCAGGUUUUUAUGUGAACGUGUAGGAUAAUUUAUAAACUGUUAUGGCCUCCUUCGUGUUGGUAUAAAAUCCUCUCUUCACUUCAGUUUUGUCAAUAAAUGAUGAGCCUCACCAAUAAAACCUGUUUCCUUCUUGCUUUCUCCAUUUAUUACUCCCUCAUCCGCCUCCUGCUGCUGCCGCUGUCAUGACCACUGGAUCUAAAACCACACAUUUCACUGGCAAUCACUAAAACACAAUUACAACAAACACUUUUUAUUGAUCCAAAGUGAUCAAAAACCCCACAGUGUACCUUUUUAAUGGGUUGUUAUAUGUAGCCAAUGUUAUCUUGUGUCUGGCUUUGAAACUGCUUUUAAAGACAUGAAUGUCUUUUACUGUGAGAUCACAUUUACUGUGCUGCUGGAGCUUCUACUGAAUACUGAGGGUUGACUUGCACUUUUUGCUUGUCCUGUCCAAAUAAACUUAUUAACUUUA